CUCUCCUCUUAACUCGUAUGAGAGAGAAAGCCCACCCGGUAAUCUCCGACCCGACCGAGAAAUGGGAUCGUCAGCAAAUACAGAAACUAACGGCACCGGACCGCCACCUUCGUCGUCGAAUCAAAAGCCUCCGGCUACGAACGGCGGUGAUUCGUCUCAUCCUUCUCCGUUAGCUUCUGAUCAGGCGAUCGUAGUGUCUGAUCCGUCGAAGAAGAGGAAAAUGGGAAUGCUUCCUCUCGAGGUUGGUACUCGCGUGAUGUGUCGGUGGAGAGACGGGAAACACCAUCCCGUGAAAGUAAUUGAGCGCCGGAGGAUACAAAACGGCGGUCCGAAUGAUUACGAGUAUUACGUUCAUUACACUGAGUUUAAUAGGAGACUGGAUGAAUGGAUUCAUCUGGAUCAACUAGACCUUGACUCGGUAGAGUGUGCUGUAGAUGAAAAAGUGGAAGACAAGGUAACGAGCUUGAAGAUGACACGCCACCAGAAGAGGAAGAUUGAUGAGACUCAUGUAGAGGGUCAUGAGGAGCUGGAUGCAGCAAGUUUGCGUGAACAUGAAGAGUUCACGAAAGUGAAGAACAUAGCAACAAUUGAGCUUGGAAAAUAUGAGAUUGAGACUUGGUACUUCUCCCCUUUUCCGCCAGAAUACAAUGACUGCGUGAAGCUCUUUUUUUGUGAGUUUUGCCUGAACUUCAUGAAACGCAAAGAACAGCUUCAAAGACAUAUGAGAAAGUGUGACCUGAAGCACCCUCCUGGUGAUGAAAUUUAUCGAAGUGGUACCUUGUCAAUGUUUGAGGUUGAUGGCAAAAAGAACAAGGUGUUUGCACAGAAUCUCUGUUACCUGGCAAAGUUAUUUCUUGACCACAAAACUCUUUACUACGACGUUGAUUUGUUUCUGUUCUACGUUCUUUGCGAAUGUGAUGAUCGAGGAUGCCACAUGGUUGGAUACUUUUCAAAGGUAAUACAGCACAUCGUUUACAGAUAUGUUUGGUUUCCCUUGUCCGGUUUGUUAAUAGUAAAACGUAACUUCUACUGGGUACAGGAAAAGCAUUCGGAAGAAGCAUACAACUUAGCUUGCAUUCUAACCCUGCCUCCAUAUCAAAGAAAAGGCUAUGGAAAAUUCUUGAUAGCCUUUUCCUAUGAACUUUCAAAGAAAGAGGGAAAAGUUGGGACACCGGAAAGACCCUUGUCGGAUCUAGGCUUACUAAGCUACAGAGGUUAUUGGACUCGUGUUCUAUUAGACAUCUUAAAAAAACAUAAAGGAAACAUUUCUAUCAAGGAGCUGAGUGACAUGACAGCGAUCAAGGCGGAAGAUAUAUUAAGCACACUUCAGAGCCUAGAACUGAUACAGUACAGGAAAGGACAACACGUGAUCUGUGCGGGUCCAAAGGUUCUGGACCGACAUUUGAAAGCUGCAGGUCGAGGUGGUCUUGAUGUAGAUGUUAGCAAACUGAUUUGGACACCUUACAAGGACCAGAGUUAAGAGUAAAGGCACACUCUUCUUGUCCCAUUGGAUUGGAUUUGACUGUGUAAGUAUCUUCGUUAUAUAAAACGGGUUUUCUCCCUAAAAUGUCUGUGCAGUUUUACUUGUAUAUGUUGAAUCGUACUUGGAAUGGUGUUUAUAAACAUCCCUUAUAAUGGGAAAUUUGAAGCAACUUCAUGGUUUCAUC